AUGAUACUUUGCAGUCUUGUAAUUCGACAACACUUUGAGAUAAAGCAGCAAGUUAGGAAAUGCAAAUGCAGCUUUUGUUGCCCAGCUGUCAAUCAUUCAAUAAAUGAACCAAUCAGGAGACAGGAAACUAAGUCAAAUAUUUACGACAGAAUACCGCCUCUAAUAUCAAUAGCAUCAACAGUGAACAAUGAGAGCAUAAAGAAUGUAAAUAUACCAUGGUCAUCGCGUGCUGAAUUGCCAAAAAAUAGUGAACCAUCGAAGGAUGACGUCAUGACGGCUCCCAUGAAAGAAGUUGAAAGUGCGCAUGCGUCAAGUCUUAACAAACCAUGUGGAAAACAGGUGACGUGCAGCUGUAGCUUCUGCUCUAAAAGCUUCACUUCAACUCGAGCGCUUGAGCUUCACGUUCGUCGACAUUCUGGCCUUCGUCCCUACCCCUGUAAGUUCUGCGACAAGUGCUUUUAUCAACCUUCCGAAAGGGCCGUCCACAUGCGCACGCAUACAGGAGCAAGACCUUACCGCUGUCCAUACUGCUUGAAGUUAUUCCGUUAUUCUGGUGACCUGAAGCAGCACAUCAAUAUUCAUACUGGUCAGAGGCCGUACCAGUGUGAGAUAUGCGCCAAAGCGUUCACCAAUCACAGCACGCUACGUCAGCACAAGAGGAUACAUACAGGAGAACGUCCCUAUAAGUGCGAGGAAUGUGGCAAAACAUACCGCUACCACUCCUCCCUCAAGCAACAUUUAUUGGCUCAUGCCGCUAACAAAUUGAAGCAAAAGAAACGGUCCUAGACGCGCAUGCACAAGUCCUGAAUGUGCCAAAUGUGAAGUCUCGAGACUCUAAAAGUAUUCAAACUUUGUGAUGUUUUUAUCUUGUAAACUACUGCUAAAAGCAAAAAUAAACAGAAUUUCAACCUGAGAAAGUUAUUGAAGAUAAAAUAAAACCAACAUUUUGAAGUUCGA